AUGGACGCCGAAGACCUCGCCGCCGGAGACCACCACCACCGACUGGGCCCAACUACUUUUGUUUCAAAAACUAUACCUAUUAAACUCAAAAUCAAUCAAAAACUCACAGAUCGAACUCGAAAACGACGUAAUAUUGCAGAAUCAAAUACAAAAUCCCUGAGGUUUCGGAUGAGUUAUUCUGUUUUUCUUCGCAUUCAUGAUGCGGUAGUAGAGCAUGACUCAUACUUCGCCAAGAAAAGAAAUUGUGCCAGAAAGCUUGGCUUGUCAUCUCUUCAAAAAAUUACCGGCGUACUCAGGAUGCUAGCCUAUGGCAUUCCAGCUGAUUCUGUGGAUGAAUAUGUGAGGAUCAGAGCAAGCACUACAAUCAAAAGCCUAAAUUUUUUUGUUAAAGCAGUAAAUGAAGUUUUCUCUGAAGAGUAUUUAAGGUCACCAAAUGCCGCCAACAUUGCUAGAUUGCUAGCGGUUAAUGAAAGCCAUAGAUUUCUAGGGAUGGUGGGGAGCCUUGAUUGUAUGCAUUGGAAAUGGAAGAAUUGUCCGGCUGCGUGGAAAGGUAUGUAUACCAGUCAUGUUCGUGAACCAACAUUAAUUUUAGAGGCCGUGGCAUCAUAUGAUCUCUGGAUAUGGCAUGUUUUUUUCGGGGUUCCUGGGGCUAAUAAUGAUAUCAAUGUGCCUAGAAGGUCUCCAUUGUUUCCUGAGCUUUCUUAG